UAAAAUUGGGGAUGUAUAUAUAUAUUCAGAGAGAGAGAGAGCGAGAGAGAGAGAGCUGCAAAACCCAAGAAGCCAACUAGUGAAUAAUAAUACCACGAGAAGAUUAUAGAAUCCAUCACCAGCUGGGCCUUGGAGAUGGGGAUGAUGUUAUUUACUUGGCUUGUUUGUAAUGAAUGCAAUGGCGAUGGCGAUUGCUAUUGUGGUUUUGUACUGAGAGUUGGGAUGAAGCUUUGUAUCCUAUCCUAUCCGUGAAUAAACAUUUGAUAUUUUUUAAUCUGUGCACGCAGGCAGGCUGACUUGCUCCACUUCCAUGGCCGAUGGCUUCCACGAAUCAAUAAGGAAAAGAAUCAUUCUCUCCUUUUUCAGAAACCAGCUGAAACGGUCUGCGAUUUUUAAACCUUGAGAUUAAACCCUGAUCGAUGAUGAUAAUGGAAUGCCCAAAUCAAUCUCUUGCUGCAGCAGCAUUGCUUUUCUUUCUACUUGUACUGUCAGGAUUUGAUCCGUCCGAAUGUCUCAGAACGUUUACAAUUGUAAACUACUGCCGGGAACCAGUCUGGCCGGCGGUGAUGCCCGGCGACGCUGAGAACGGCGGCAGCAGCGGCUCCCUUAAAACCGGCCAAAGCAUUGUCUUCAGAGCCCCGGUUGGGUGGAGCGGUCGGAUAUGGGGCCGGUCCAACUGCAACUUCGACCAGACCGGCAACGGUUCGUGCCUCACCGGCGACUGCGGCCCAUCCCUCAAGUGCUCGGCCUCCGGCAAGCCGCCGGCCUCACUGGCUGAGUUCACCCUGACAACCACUGACUUCUACGACGUCAGCCUCGUCGACGGCUUCAAUUUGCCGAUGGUCGUGACGCCGAUCAACGGCAAGGGGAAUUGCAGCGUGGUGGGAUGCAGCUCUGAUUUACGGCGCAGUUGCCCGCCGGAGCUGGCCGUGAAAGGCAACGGAGGAAGGGUCGUGGGCUGCCGGAGCGCGUGUGACGUGUUCAACACCGACGAGUAUUGCUGCCGGGGUGCAUAUGGGAAUCCGGUCACGUGCCGCCCCACGUAUUACUCGCAGAAGUUCAAGCGCGCGUGCCCCACGGCUUACAGUUAUGCGUACGAUGACCCCACCAGUAUAUUCACCUGCUCCGGCGCCGACUAUGUCGUCUCCUUCUGCUCUUCCAGGAAGCAGCCAGAGUGCACAUAUCAUGACAACAGAUUGAUGUGUGGUGGAUCCAUUUCACUCAAGGGGCAGAAAUGGUGGGUGAAGAUGAUUCUUGCUUUGGUCAUCACAAAGUAUUUGACGAUGAGAAACCUCUGAGGAAUUCCUCAAUCUGCAGGGCAGGAGCUUCUGCAAGAGAAUUCACAAUAUGUAUAUAUACAUAGUUUUUUAAUUUGAAAAAAAAAAAAGAAGUUAGCUCUCAAAUACUCACUUGUGUGAUCGAUCAUCAAUGGAGAUUCUAAUGGAACACAGAGGCCAC